AUGUACGGUUCAUCACCAGGACAUAGUGAAGAUGUCUUAAUAUCUGCGGACGGUCUUACUCCAAUGAGUAACGAAGCUCGUAUUCCGGAAGGUGGCUUCGCAUUACUGUCAACAACACCACAGAAUGCAGCACUUGCACAUUUCAUUACAGCACUUACAUUCGACUCAUACCAGGAACUUCUUUGGACCGGAAAUAACAUGGGACGUGUAGUGUCGUUUUACGGUGCACAACUUGACAAGUACACAGCAUUCUUAUCAGCAAGUAAUUCAAGCAUUCGCUCUUUGCUUGCUUCAGAAACUGUUAUUUUCUCACUAACAUCAAAGCGCUUAAGAGCUAAUCGUCGACAAGGCAUUUCGUUAUUUACACAUACAUCCGAUCAUAUGACUGAUCUUACCUGCAUGCAUCGACUUUCAGAUGUACCGCAUAAAUUAUUGUUAGGCGGUAAUCAGCAACAAAUCAUCCAGUUUGAUGUGGAAACACAAAAAGAAAUACGAAUUGUUUCUGUUAAACAGAAAAAUUGCUUGGCACUACGGUCGAAUCAGAAAUUUUUAUUCAGUUCUGAUUCAGAGGGAAACGUAACACUCCGACAUCUUACAACAGUGGAUGCAAUCCAUGCCUUACAAGCACAUCAGGGAUCGGUAGCUGAUUUUGAUGUUUGUGGCAAUAAACUUAUCACAUGCGGUUACUCUCCACGAUUGGGUAAAAUGGCAGGUGACCGGUUCAUAAUGAUUUAUGAUCUAAGAACGCUGCGUAGUUUGCCCCCGGUACCUCUACCAAUUGCGCCGUCAUAUUGCAGAUUUCUGCCAUCUUAUUCGGAUGGUCGGAUUAUGGUUUGCUCUCAGAGUGGUGAACUAAUCAUAAUGGAUUUGAAUGAGCAAUCUGGUCAGAUGCCUAUACAGUUAGAUACAAAUGGCUUUGCUAUUACAUCCCUUGAUGUAUCCACUUCGAAGCAGUGUAUUGCUUUUGGUGAUCAAACGGGUUUAAUACACCUUUUCUCGGAUCGAAUGGAGCCAAUUUUUAAUGAAAAUUCUUGGGGCACAGAUUUUCCAGAUCCGAUUGCUUUUCAUCCACCAGUGAACAUCGACGAUCCCGAGCCAUCGUAUGGAGUGUUUCCUCUUCCGUUUCCGAUGGAUGAUCAUUAUGCUUCAGAUUGGCCUGAACAAUUGUGUAUUAGACGGUUUAGGCAGCCAGACCCGAUAUCAGAAAAGGUGAUUGAUUCAAUGCGGAUGGUACAGUUUGUUGGAUAUGCUCAUAAUCCUCGUGCUGGUACACCAUUGCGCGGCUUUAACGUUUGUCCAUAUACAAGUUCCGCUCAUGAUAAACGCUUUUCAAAUACAAUGAAGAGUGAUGAACUAUUCCACAUUCCGAAGUUUUAUUUGCGUUCCGAAGGAAGGUUAACCUCUAAGGCUGACGAAAUUGAUUCUAAGCGAUAUAAUCGCAUUGAAUUCAAUGUAUUAGAAAAUAGUGUCGAAACAAGUCCUGCAUGCAUGCUUCUACUUGCAAUGUAUCAUCUGAUGAAUGUAAGAACUGUUUUUCUUUCGCAUUUCUGCUAUCUGGAGGGCUGCAUUUCAUGUGAAAUGAAUCUCCUCUUUCGGUUACUUACAGACCGACCAGUAUCGAGUGUGUUGUCGGCCAAAAAUUUUAUGAAAACUUUUCGAUCCAUUGAUGACGGUAAAAAAUGGGCAGAUGCAGUUGCUAAUGCAAGUUUGGCGCAAGCAGUUCACUUAUUUAUGCAAGCUUUCAGCAAAGUACUGGAUAGGGAGCUUUCUGAAACUACUGCUGGAGUGGCGCUUCGCAAGGAACUGGAGAUUUCGUUUACUUUGAAUAAUCACUGUAUCCGGUGUUCCGAGCAUUAUCAGUCAGCCUUAUCCCAGCUUUAUAUGUCACUAGCAUAUCCAACAAAUAAUGAAAAAAUUGGAUUUUGUACAUUACUCGAAAAGACCCUAAACUGUCCCGAACAAAAUGAAGCUAUCUGCCAAAAGUGUGGGAAGUUAGCACGAUUCGCAUCAACACGUCGUGUGCGUUCACUCCCGAACAUUCUCGCUCUAGAUAUGACAGCCAGUACAGAAACGGAACAAGCAUUUUGGAUUUCCCACAUCCAGGCAUUUGAAAGUCGAGCAGCGAUAACGUCGAAUUCAAUAACAGAACAAAAAGUGAAACUUUGUAGUCAAUCUGAAACAAUGACAUCAAUGACGGAAGGCACUACCUCAUAUUCUGAAUGUCCUCACUAUCUGCCGAACUCAGUACAUAUCAAAAUAACGGAUGGUAUUUGCACGGUUUCGGAGAAUAAAAUGGAAAGUAGUACAUCCUUUCACCUAGCAGCAGGCAUAUUUAUCAUCAACGAAAAUGAAGAAGAGGGAACCAACGAGCAUUUGGUCACUGCGAUCAGGUCAAAACGGGAUUCUUGCUGGAUAUUGUUCAACGAUUGGUCUGUUACACGAAUCUCAGAAGAUGAGGCUCUGCGUCUGCAUGCUUGUUGGAAAUUACCAGCUGUCCUGUAUUAUGUGCAAGAUAAAGAAAAUGUUGCUAAAGAAGCUGCCAAAGAUGAAAAUCGCGCUAUAAUUCCACGAUCCGUAUUUUGGAACGAUCUGGAUUCAAACAAAAUCAAGAUACCGGAACGAGGAAGUAGAGUUGCGAUCUAUGCGAAAUAUACAAUCAACGAGACUGGCGAUAAGUCAGUAUCUGAAGUUUCUGCAGUCGACGAAGAUGGCAACUGUUUCAUAAGCAGUAUUAUAAAGGAACCAGGAGCAAAACGUGACAUGGAUAAUUCACAAACACUGAAGAGAGUGUCAGAAGAGCAAGUAAAAGAUAUUGUGCUGCUUUAUCGCUCACUGUUCAAACGUUCGCUUUCGUUGAAUGCCUUAGCACAGCAUUUCUUCGGCGAAUCAAUAGAAGAGGAUGAAACUGAUCCGAUCGAUCUUGCUCGCCUGUCUCUCCGACUGCACACAAAAUUCGAUGAGUUAAAGGAAGCCGACGAGACUGAUAUCAAUACUACUUCAUUAACCCAGUCAGUGGAGACAAAUAUUUCUUAA